AUGUAUAAGGCUGAAUAUUUACGCCGUCCAACAUCCACUGACAUUCAAAAAUUGUAUGAAGCACAUGAAGCUAGACAUGGAUUCCCUGGAAUGCUUGGUAGCAUUGACUGCAUACAUUGGAAUUGGAGGAAUUAUCCAACAGAACUGAGAGGCCAAUACAUGAGGGGUGACCAUCAGUAUCCAACAAUGAUACUAGAAGCAGUGACAUCACAAGAUUUAUGGUUUUGGCAUGUAUUCUAUGGUGUAGCUGGUUCGAACAAUGAUUUGAACAUCCUCUACCAAUCACCAUUGUUUGAUGAGAAAUAUCAUGGAACAGGACCUGAUUGCUCAUUUGAUCUGAAUGUUGAACACUACAAGCAUGGUUACUAUCUUGCCGAUGGAAUAUAUCCAACAUGGGCUGUAUUCGUGAAGGCAUAUCCAUAUCCAAUAACAGACAAAAUGAAACGGUUCAAGGUGGCACAAGAAUCAGCAAGAAAGGACGUAGAACGUGCGUUUGGGGUCCUUAAAGGACGUUGGGCCAUAUUAAAGAUGUCGGCACAGACUUUGACGGUGAAGAAAACGAAAAACAUAAUGUAUGCUUGUAUUAUACUGCACAAUAUGAUACUGAAAGAUGAGGGUGCUGCGAUAUCUCCUAUGCAUCAGCCCGACUCCCCAAUGACAAAGUCGAAGACCCAGAAAUCAUACAUGAAUUACGCAAUGAUGAAACUCACCACCAGCUUCGAUCUGAUCUUACUGAUCACCUUGAACAUUGUGUUAAAUGAUGUGGAAAGUGGGUUGAGUGGGUUGGGAAAGAAAGGAUUUCCAUAUGUUGUGGGUUGGGAAAAAUUGAAGUGA